AUGGCAACCAGAGUCAGGAUGAGCUCCUCGUCAUCGUCGUCGUCGCGCAAGUCGCGCAGAACAACUAGCAUCUCCAACGUCAUGUACACCAACGCCGUCUACUUCCCCAACGAACGGAUAUACCAGGGCGACACGCCCGCCGCCAUGAACUAUGGGUGCAUCAACCAUGUAUACUACGCCUUUGCAAACAUUUCGCCCGACGGUGGUGUUUUUCUGAGCGACGAGUGGGCCGAUGCCCGCGCGCCAGUUGAUGGUGUUCAAGGCGGCCUGGGAUCCCUCAUGCAUUUGAAGCAGAAACACCCGCACUUGCAGGUCAUCUUAUCCAUCGGCGGCGGCAAUUCGAGCGCCGUCUUUCCCUCAGUGGCCGCGAACACGCUGUACAGAGACAACUUUGCCAGGUCCGCGAGGGGUCUCGUGGAUGCGUCGGGCCUUGACGGCAUCGACAUCAUGUGGGAGUAUCCUUGCGACCCCGAACAGGGUCACCAUUUCCUUGCCCUUCUUGCUGCGAUUCGCCUCCAUAUGCCGGACAGCCACUACCUCCUCACCGCUGCGCUUCCCGCCGUGAGAGCAGUCUUGCAGUACAUUGACCUUCGACGGACAGCCGACUAUCUAGACUAUCUUAACCUAAUGGCCUACGAUUUUGCCGGCACAUGGACGCACAGGAGCGGCCACCACGCGCAACUGUACGCGAUGAGCAAGGACGAGACUUCGGGUGCAUCAGGGGUACAAUAUCUGGUUUCGCAAGGCUUUCCUUCGCAAAAGAUCCUUCUCGGCAUCCCCCUAUACGGCCGCAGCUUCCUGCACGCCACUGGACCAGGUCAGAAGUUCAAGGGAGCGGGCGGGAGCAACGGCACUUUUGAGUACAACCAGCUCCCCCGUCGCGGGACGAAGGAAGCGGUGGACAAGAAAUCCAUCGCGGCUCAGUGCGUCGGGGCGGACGGCGGCUUCAUCACCUACGACAACCCCGACACCGUGAAGAUGAAGGCGGCAUUCUGCAAACAAAAGAGCUUGGGGGGUUUGUUCUACUGGAGCGGGCCGGCGGACGCGAAGGACAGCUCUCGGAGUUUGAUAGCAACCGGGUUCAGGGCACUGCAUAGCUCCUGA